UAAAAAGGAAAAGAAGGUAAAAUUAUGACGACUCGGGAAAAAUCGUAGACUAUCGUAGUCACAACCCACUCCGUCCAACCGUCCAAUAGCCUUCUGACGGUCCACUCUUCCGGUCGGUCAGAUGUACGGCAACCCUUCCCCUUCCCUUUCCCUUUCCCCUUCUCCCUCUCUUCUCUUUCCCCGGUCGGUUUUUUCUCUCUUCGCCACCGGCGCACGUUAGCCACUCACUCUAAAUUCCACCGCCAUGGAGGGCCCCGCCGCGCAGACUAAGCCGCGGCCCCACGCCGGGGGCCGAGAGGACUGCUGGAGCGAAGGAGCCACGGAGACGCUGAUCGAGGCUUGGGGCGACCGUUAUCUCAAGCUUAACAGAGGUAACCUCCGUCAGAAGGACUGGAAGGAGGUGGCUGACGCCGUUAAUUCUCGCGGGAACGGCGUUAAGCCGCAGCGGACCGAUGUUCAGUGCAAGAACCGUGUGGAUACUCUGAAGAAGAAGUAUAAGCUCGAGAAAUCGAAAUCCUCGCCGUCGAUUUGGCCGUUCUACGACCGCCUCGAUUUCCUCGUCGGGACUAACGCCGCUACUCCGCCGUCUCUCAACAGAAAAUCUACCACCAUCACGCUCACCGUCAAGCCCGGAUCGAGCCCUAACAGCACAAAACCGCCCGCCCUAGUUUACUCCGGCGGCUCCUCCAAGCCCAAUUCUAGCGGCUCUAACAACAGCUCCCUUGGCGGCGCCGGCGACGAUGACCUGCUCUUUACCGGCCCAGGAAAGAAGCGUAAACUCGACUAUGUCGAUCUAUCGGAGGAAACUACGGCAUACAAGGAAUUAGCCCGCGCGAUUUUAAGAUUUGGGGAGAUAUACGAGAGGAUUGAGAGCUCGAAACAGCAGCAGAUUAUGGAACUGGAGAAGCAGAGGAUGGAAUUCUCCAAAGACCUUGAGGUUCAGAGGAUGAAUAUGUUCAUGGAAGCUCAGUUGCAGCUCGAAAAAUCGAAACGCACUGCUAAGCAUUCUCCUGCUGCAGGAAACGAAGCUGUAGGCGAGGCGACUUGAGAAGGGUUCGCAAUCCGGGCUAUACAUGGCAUCUGUGAAGUGUGCCACUCACUGGAAAUGAUUAAUUUCAUAUAGUGGCUUUGUAAAUUAUCUUAUUCUUGAAGUCAAUAAAAGAUCUCAAGAACUCUUAGAAUAAUGUCUUCUAUUCAUUAAUGUUGUCUUGCUUAGUGUAUUCUCUGACAUGUUUCUCCCUAUUUUAUCAACUGUAACAUCUUCUUGAAGAAAUGCUGGUUUGGCUUCUUAUUGUAAUCAUUCUCAGAACAUAUUUCUGUGUC